CAUAAAUUGAAAGAGCUGUUAAACGUGGUUUACUUAUCGAAAGAACAUAUUGAUUAUAUUAUUGCGCGAUACAGUUCUCCAACAGAAAGAUCAAGAAGGCAUGUUACUUCUUCGCUCCAACUUAUUCAUUCAACAUCGCUCCCAGACCUUAAGCCCCGCGGCUGUAACUCAGUCGCGCACUUCUGCUGUAUCGCGACCAACAGCCGGAGCUUCAGAGGUCGGGUCUGCUGGCCGCUCGCUCCUAGCACCCAGCAGCAGCUCCCGGCCCCGAGGCUCAGCACCUCAAGCAGCAGCCGGACCCAGCAGCGGCGAGGCGGUUUCGGAGCCUACCUCUGGCGCCAUGGAGGUCGCAACCCUGGGCGGGGGCUGCUUCUGGUGCAUCGAGGCCUGCUACAACAUGCUGCGAGGGGUGCGGUCAGCUGUCAGUGGCUACGCGGCCGGACACAUCAAGAACCCCACCUACAAGCAGGUGUGCAGUGGAACCACGGGUCACGCGGAGGUCGUACAGAUCACGUAUGAUCCCUCCGUGCUGAGCUACCGGGAGAUCCUGGAGAUCUUCUUCACCAUCCACGACCCCACCACCAAGGACAGGCAGGGUAACGACACGGGUCCGCAAUACCGCUCCAUCAUCCUCACGCACGGCGAGCAACAGCGGCAGGUGGCGCAGCAGGUCAUGCAACAGGUUGAGUCGGAGGGCUGGUGGGGCGCCCCGCUGGUGACGGAGGUGCAGCCGCUGGACCUGUUCUACCCAGCAGAGGACUACCACCAGAACUACUUUGUGCAGAACCCGGGUCAGGGCUACUGCCGGGUGGUGGUGGGUCCCAAGGUGGCCAAGUUCAGAGCCAAGUUUGGCAGCAAGAUGAAGUAAUCCGGGGCGCGGAGGGAGUGCGGGGAGGAGGAGGAGGAGGAGGAGGAGGAGGAGGCCAGGAAGCUGAAGAGAGUCUUACCGUGCAAGUUGUGAGGCGGAGGGCGGGUGGGGACAGUAGCCGCAGCAGGGGCGGCAAGAGGAGCAGCAGCACUGGCGGGUGUAUGAUUGACUGGGUGGGUGUUGAAGCUCACCGAGAAAGAGGAGGGGCUGCAUUCCCCUGGACGGUAGGACCCGGAACCUCAGCUGGAGAGUUGACGCAGUGAUGAGGGGGAGGGAGAGGCGGAGCCGUAGCAUGGGGGGCUCACAGCGGGUAAAAGGAAAUGCAAAUUGACGCAACGGAGUCGCAACGGAGUCCCAGAUGGAUGGGUUUCCGUGCUGAUGGUACAGUUGGAGGUUCAGGGGUUGUAACCAACUAACUGGCAUGCGCGAGGAGGGUCGGUCGCAAGAGUUGUAAUUCGUGGGCGUACGUGCCCCAUGGGUCAACACGGGUACAGCGCCCCUACCCCCCACGGGAGUCUGAGGUCGUACAGGGCCUCCUGGCAGCGUGCUGCGCUUCCAUUCUCUAUCAUUUAACUCAAAACAAGUUCUUGGUAUCACCCUUUUACUCUGGGAAUUCCAAUAUCCCUUUAAAUGCGGUAAAGUCUUGAUGGUUGUGCAAAAAUGAAGGGCGAUGGCAGCAGUGGAUGCGACGGCUCUUCGGCAGCAGCAGCCACAGGACCUGAGUUGCCCAAGGACUAACGCGUCUGCAGGGAUAUAGAUAUCACGAACCCCAACACCACCGUCAGUCCCGUCCUGCCUAUCACUAGAAUCCCCUUGACUCCUCCGCUUGACACCAAUCGCAGCGUUCCUUCUACACACGCGUUUAGCAUGGCUGCUGCAUCAGAGCGGGCUUCACCUGCUGCAGCAGCAGCGCUGCGCUGGGUAACCCAAGCUGCCCACGCAGACAUAGUAUCAGCAACUGCCUUUACAUCGUCAGCUGAUAGGUUGCUAGCCCCCGAUAGUGCUGCGUGGAUGGUCACGAGCGGCGUCGAAACGAUACCAGCUAACGACAGCACCUCACUGCUAUGGGGAGGCAUCGGCGGUGGUGCAGCAGGAGACGCAGCUGGCAUACGCAAAGCCGCCGGACCUCUGUAGCGGUCUUUGGACUCGACAAGAGACCGCAAGGCUUCAGCCUCCCUCCGUCCA